AUGAACCUCACCUGGAAAAAGGGCUUCUACAAGCAGGACGUCAACAAGACCGCCUGGGAGCUGCCCAAGACCUACGUGUCCCUGAUGCACGUAGGCAGCGGGGCGUACGGCGCCGUGUGCUCAGCCAUCGACAAGCAGUCAGGGGAGAAGGUGGCCAUCAAGAAACUGAGCCGGCCCUUCCAGUCUGAGAUCUUUGCCAAGCGGGCCUAUCGCGAGCUGCUGCUGCUGAAGCACAUGCAGCAUGAGAACGUCAUCGGACUCCUGGAUGCCUUCACCUCAGCCUCUUCCCUGCGCAACUUUCAUGAUUUCUACCUGGUGAUGCCCUUCAUGCAGACGGACCUGCAGAAGAUCAUGGGAAUGGAGUUCGGUGAGGACAAGAUCCAGUACCUGGUGUAUCAGAUGCUCAAAGGUCUUAAGUACAUCCACUCAGCUGGGGUCAUCCACAGGGACCUGAAACCAGGCAACCUUGCUGUGAAUGAGGAUUGUGAGCUGAAGAUUUUGGAUUUUGGGUUGGCACGGCAUGCAGAUGCAGAGAUGACUGGCUAUGUGGUGACCCGCUGGUACCGGGCCCCUGAGGUGAUCCUCAGCUGGAUGCGCUACAACCAGACUGUGGACAUCUGGUCUGUGGGCUGUAUCAUGGCAGAGAUGCUGACGGGGAAAACUCUGUUCAAGGGGAAAGAUUACCUGGACCAGCUGACGCAGAUCCUGAAAGUGACGGGGGUGCCGGACGCCGAGUUUGUGCAGAAGUUGAAUGACAAAGCGGCCAAAUCCUACAUCCAGUCCCUGCCACAAAACCCCAAGAAGGAUUUCUCUCUGCUCUUCCCGCGUGCCAGCCCCCAGGCUGCAGACCUGCUGGAGAAGAUGCUGGAGCUGGACGUACACAAGCGCCUGACUGCCUCUCAGGCCCUCACCCACCCCUUCUUUGAAUCCUGCCGGGACCCUGAGGAGGAAACAGAGGCCCAGCAGCCAUUUGAUGAUUUCUUAGAACAGGAGGAGCUCACAGUGGAUGAAUGGAAGCAUCACAUUUACAAGGAGAUUGUGAACUUCAGCCCCAUCGCCCGGAAGGACUCUCGGCGCCGGAGUGGCAUGAAGCUGCAGUGA